AAGGCUCCCUGGGCGUGGGAUUUCCUCUCACGCUGUUAGCUGGGCGUGCGCCGGCUCGGACGGGGACAGCCCCUGCCCUGUUCCCACCCGCCCGGGAGCGGGAGGUCAGGGCAGGAAGAAGACCGGGCUAGGGCUGGAGGCUGGAAGCUGCAACCGGCGUCUUUCGCUUCCCCGCCUGGCGCCGCAGCUAGUAGCUGUAACCCCGCCGGGCAGCGACGCGAGCCCGCCCUUCCCCAGCCCGACAGCCGCCGCCACAGCCCGGGCAGGCGGCCCCGCAACCGGGGCGGCGCAAACAAUCCCCAGCCUGCGCGCGGGGCCGAACGGCGCGGGCAGCUGCUGGUCGCCGCGCGAGGGAGGCGCCCUGCGCCCCCCCAGCCUCAGGGGUAAUUUUAAAAAAUGAAGAUUUUCCCAUCAUGUCUCUCCACACAGGAUCACUAAUGAGCUACGGUAGAACACAAGCCUUCAAACAGUUAAGUGCUCAAGAGUUGACCAAGCAAAGCAAUAAGGUAACUGUCUCCGAGUCAGUGUAUUCAUCUAAUGCUACAGUGUUUGCUCCAGCAAGGAUUAGCUGUCUUGCUCAGACACCUCAAAUUUCAGAUCUCUCAGAUGAGUACUCAAGGCCAGCAGUGAUUGGGCAUGCAGGAAAUUUUAGAUCAUUACUGGACAGUACUGCAGCCAUCAAAGAAAUUCUUGCAUCUGUUCUAAAUGCAUCUGCUAUUAAACCAUCUUCGCUGCCAGAGAAAACGGUAUUGCAGACAACUGAAGAUCCAGACAGCGAUAUGGAACACUGGGAGGAGAGUACUGAUGGUGAUUCUAAUGAUGACAGUGACCCAGAUUGUACACAUCACAAUAUUGCUUCUACACAAAUGGACAUUAGAUUUAUGAGGCAUAAGGCAUCUUGGGAUAAUACUCAGUGUAGUUCUUCUAAAUCUUCACUGGAUUCCUCAUCAUGCCCACUUUAUCCUGGCAGAAGCCCCAUCACUUCAGCUUUAAAUAGCUCAUCCCGUUUGGAAAUGUCUCCUCUGAAAUGUGAUUACUUUACCCAAGUAACAUUAACUGGAGGCACUAUCACAUCAUUGGCAAACUCUGCUAUUAUGUGUUCAGAAAAAGAACUUAAAAACUCUUCAAGUUCACCAGACCAGCCUUUGGCUUUUAAAGGAAUCUCUCCAGAUUCAACAGCUAAUGAGCUGUCAGCAGCAUUUAGGAAUUCUGAGACUUCAGAACCCAUGCCACUCACAGAUGAGGGCAGCAAUGCUUUCCACCCGCGUUCACAGUCAGCGCCCUCUGAUCAGCAAGGUGCUACUUCAGCUUUAAGCGUAGGAGCUAUUUCCUUGAACCGUUCCUUGCAGGAUAUCUUCAUGCUUCCUGUAGAUGUGGAGAAGGAGAAUGCACACUUUUUUGUUGCAGAUAUGAUCAUAGCAUCUUUGGAAAAAAUGAAGUGCAGUAUCCUAAGUCAACAUGCAGAGCCCUGGAAUACAGAGGAAACCAGUGGAUCGCUAGGCAGCUAUCAGACUGAUUCAGAAAUAUCCUCUUAUACCAGAGUAAAGACACAAUCUGCUUCUUCUGCUUCUUCAGACAGUGGCUAUGAAGGUUGUGCUGUGCUGCAGGUCAGCUCAUCAGUAAAUCCACCGUCACAUCAUGAGGCCGGAAGAUUUCACUGCGAUAGUGACUCAGAUGAUGAAUUUGUAAUUAUUGAACUUGAAGACUUGGAAAAUAUUACAGCAUCUCUAGAUAAAAGAUUAUCUUUUGAUCCGGGCUGCAAUUCUGCUGAAGUAACAGCACAGAAGCUUUACCAAGAGUUCAGGAAACAGUUUCUGUCUGUAACCAAUAACGUUCAGCUGUCUAGGUGCCUGAAUACAACUAAGGAGAAACAUGCAAAUAAAGAAAAUAUUCCAAAGGAACUUGAGUCUAGUGGGAAUCUGGCAGAAGAAAUAAAGGUCAAAGCCAGAUUAAGAGGAACCACAGACUGGGCCCCACCUAGGUUUCAAAUAAUAUUUAGUAUUCACCCAUCACUCAAGAGAGAUGCCGUUGUAGCUGCACAAAACUUUACUUGUGCUGGUUGUGGAACCCCAAUAGAACUCAAAUACAUCAGGAGACUCCGCUAUUGUGAUUACCUGGGGAAGUACUUCUGCGACUGUUGCCAUAGUUAUGCGCAAACUUCCAUCCCUGCCCGAAUAUUGAUGAAAUGGGACUUCAAAAAGUACUAUGUCUGUAACUUCUCCAAACAUCUCCUGCUCAGCAUAUGGCAAAACCCCAUCUUCAAUGUGUCGUGUAUCAACAAAACCCUCUAUACAAAAGCAAAGGAACUGAACAGAGUCAGGGAGAUACAAGAACAGCUUUUGCAUAUUAAAAAACUACUGAAAACCUGCAGGUUUGCUGAAAGUGUAUUGAAAGAAUUUGAACAGGUCUCCAGCCACCUGACGACAGAGCUGCAUCUGUUCUCAAUGGAUGACUUGGUGAAGACUAAACGAGGGCUGUUAGUGCCUCUUCUCAGGGAUAUUCUAAAAAGCUCCAUAUCUCAUGUAGAAAACUGUGAGCUUUGUCAAGCCAAGGGAUUUAUUUGUGAAUUUUGCCAGAGCUCAGAUGUACUCUUCCCGUUUCAGAUUGCCACAUGUAAAAGAUGUACAGUUUGCAAAGCAUGCUUCCACAAUCAGUGUUUCAAGUCUGGAGAAUGCCCGAAAUGUCUGAGAAUAGCUGCUCGGAGGAUGUUUUUGGAAUCUCCAUCUGUGGCUACGUGAGACUGGAUUACUAUGAAGAGGCAUGCAGGUUUCUGUAUAUACCUCUGAAGAAACUAGAUACAGAUACAUAUGGUGUCUGUCUACAGGUUGGAUAAUGUUGUUUUAAACAUUGGUAUUUUUAAGUCAUCCUGCCAUGUUAACAUUUUUGUAAUGUGACUUUUUAAAAAAAAGAAUAAGAUUUGAAUAUUAUGCUUGAAUACCUAUCCUGACAGAAAAUAGUUUUUAAUGUGAUCGGUUUAAGUGUAUGUUAAUGCCAUCAUUAAUAUCUUGCUGCUACUGGUUUUUUACUCUUUUGUUUCUGAACUUAAGGUUUUUUUAUUAUUGUUGUUAUUUUAUAUUUGACAAGUUGACAAUUCCCGUGUGUAACUUUUCAUGCAAUGUAGAGACAAUAAACAAGA